GGAGGCGAAGAUUGGCGCCCUCCGGCCUCUCCUCUCGUCUCUCAAAAGCCACAAGCAAACGGUGGCGGCGCCAGCCUGCUCCUAGCGCUGGCGUAAGUGAGCGGCCAAAUCAGGGCACCGGCGGGACGGUGGCGCGGACGGAUCGAGCCGGCAGGCGGGCAGCGGAGGCGGCGCCGUGCUUGUGUUGGGCAGGGCAGCAGAGGCGGGUGCGGUGCCCUGACGGGGCAUCAGAGGCGGGAGCGGGUGAUUUAGGGGCUUAAAUGUUGGCCCUAGGAGUGAGAACUCACCAGCGCCGGCACUGGUGCCUCGCACAGCUCCGUGGCAAGAACGCUGGGGCCUUGGCACCGGAACUGGCCCCGAAGUCACAGUCCACGCUCGCCUGCUCCGUCCCAUUGGAGAAUCAAACUAACCUCAAUGACGCUACCGGUGCCCGCCAAGCGUUCGACGAAAUUCCCCACAGGAACACCCUGGACCAUGCCCUUUUCGACCACGCGCGGCGGGGUUCAGUCCACCAGGCGCUAGACCACUUCUUGGAUGUGCACCGCUGCCAUGGUGGGCGUGUUGGUGGUGGGGCACUGGUGGGGGUCCUCAAAGUCUGUGGGUCAGUUCCAGACAGAGUACUGGGGAAGCAGCUGCAUGGCCUGUGCAUCAGGUGUGGGCAUGAUCGUGGCGACGUCGGCGUGGGCACGUCUCUUGUUGACAUGUACAUGAAGUGGCACAGUGUUGUGGACGGCAGGAAGGUGUUUGAGGCAAUGCCCAAGAGGAAUGUUGUCACCUGGACGUCAUUGCUCACUGGGUAUAUCCAGGAUGGAGCAUUAUCGGAUGUUAUGGAGCUCUUCUUCAGGAUGCGUGCUGAAGGGGUCUGGCCCAAUUCUGUCACAUUUGCGAGUGUUCUCUCAGUGGUGGCAAGCCAGGGUAUGGUUGAUCUUGGACGGCGCGUGCAUGCUCAAUCAGUUAAGUUUGGUUGCUGCUCCACUGUGUUUGUGUGCAAUUCUCUGAUGAACAUGUAUGCAAAGUGUGGACUGGUUGAAGAAGCCAGGGUCGUGUUUUGUGGGAUGGAGACCAGGGACAUGGUGUCAUGGAAUACAUUGAUGGCAGGCCUUGUGUUGAACGGGCAUGAUCUUGAAGCCCUGCAGCUGUUCCAUGAUUCACGAUCCAGUAUUACCAUGCUUACACAGUCGACAUACGCAACAGUGAUCAAAUUAUGUGCAAAUAUCAAACAGCUUGGCCUGGCCCGUCAACUUCACAGCAGUGUUCUUAAACGUGGGUUUCAUUCAUAUGGCAAUGUAAUGACAGCCCUCAUGGAUGCCUACAGCAAAGCAGGUCAACUGGGUAAUGCUCUGGAUAUAUUUUUGUUGAUGUCAGGAUCUCAGAAUGUUGUUUCAUGGACUGCUAUGAUUAAUGGGUGCAUUCAGAAUGGUGAUGUACCUCUUGCUGCUGCUCUUUUUAGCAGAAUGAGAGAAGAUGGUGUUGCUCCGAAUGAUUUCACCUACUCAACAAUUCUGACAGCGUCAGUGGCCAGCUUGCCUCCCCAAAUUCAUGCCCAGGUGAUCAAGACAAACUAUGAGUGUACAUCAAUUGUUGGAACUGCACUUCUCGCCUCUUACUCUAAGCUUUGCAACACUGAAGAAGCUCUUUCUAUAUUUAAAAUGAUUGACCAGAAGGAUGUUGUUUCAUGGUCUGCAAUGUUGACUUGCUAUGCCCAAGCUGGUGAUUCCGAUGGUGCCACAAAUAUAUUCAUCAAGAUGACCAUGCAUGGCUUGAAGCCAAAUGAGUUUACAAUCUCUAGUGUUAUUGAUGCUUGUGCUAGUCCGACAGCUGGAGUUGACCUGGGUAGGCAGUUCCAUGCUAUUUCUAUCAAGCACAGAUGCCAUGAUGCACUCUGUGUGAGCAGUGCACUUGUUAGUAUGUAUGCAAGAAAAGGGAGCAUCGAGAGUGCUCAGUGUAUCUUUGAGAGGCAAACAGAUAGAGAUUUGGUGUCAUGGAACUCAAUGCUAUCAGGGUAUGCACAGCAUGGUUACAGCCAAAAGGCCCUUGAUGUAUUUCGACAGAUGGAAGCUGAGGGCAUUGAGAUGGAUGGCGUCACAUUCCUUUCUGUGAUCAUGGGAUGUGCUCAUGCUGGUCUUGUUGAAGAAGGUCAGCGAUACUUUGAUUCGAUGGCCAGAGACUAUGGGAUCACUCCAACCAUGGAGCAUUAUGCGUGCAUGGUUGAUCUCUAUAGCCGCGCAGGCAAGCUGGAUGAAGCAAUGAGCCUUAUAGAAGGCAUGUCAUUCCCAGCAGGUCCAAUGGUAUGGCGCACAUUGCUAGGAGCUUGUAAAGUUCACAAGAAUGUUGAGCUUGGAAAGUUGGCUGCGGAGAAGCUGCUGUCACUUGAACCUUUUGACUCGGCUACAUACGUGCUACUCUCCAACAUUUAUUCGGCUGCAGGGAAGUGGAAAGAGAAGGAUGAAGUGAGGAAGCUCAUGGACACUAAAAAGGUUAAGAAAGAAGCUGGAUGCAGCUGGAUUCAGAUCAAGAAUAAAGUCCAUUCCUUUAUAGCUUCAGACAAGUCGCAUCCUUUAUCAGAACAGAUAUAUGCAAAGCUCAGGGCAAUGACAACUAAGUUAAAGCAAGAAGGUUAUUGUCCUGAUACAAGCUUUGCGCUUCAUGAAGUGGCAGAAGAGCAGAAAGAAGCUAUGCUGGCAAUGCACAGUGAGCGCCUAGCCCUCGCAUUUGGUUUGAUAGCUACACCACCAGGGGCACCCCUUCACAUUUUUAAGAACCUGCGGGUGUGUGGGGACUGCCACACUGUGAUCAAAAUGGUCUCUAAAAUUGAGGAUAGGGAGAUUGUAAUGCGAGAUUGCAGCAGGUUCCACCACUUCAAUUCAGGGGUCUGCUCUUGUGGCGAUUUUUGGUGAAUGGAGUCUGAACAAAAUGGUUGUGCAUUCAAUACUCAGCCAAUGUCCCCCUUGAACAAUAUCACUGAUAUCUUAAAUUCCAACACGAAACAUUGCACUAAUCAUUCAGCAUCAGGGGAUAAUCAAGCAGUAGCAGCGUGAGUACCUGCCAACAGCGCCUAUGAGAUAAGGAUGCAUACUGAUGCAGGGGCGUACCAAUUGUGAGGGCGCUACACCAUGGAAUCUACCUACGUGGGCAAUGUCGGCCAUCUCUCUCUCCCCCUGUUUGCUAGCGUCGGCAUGUGUACUACCUGUUUGACCGAAUGACAGCAUGGAGCGGGUGUGUGUCUCUGUCUGCGCAUGGUGGCAUGAGCCGAGCUGAGCACUGUACACUGCUGAGUUCAGACCUUCAUGUACCCAGCCAUGUACUGACAGUAUCUUGAAAGACGUUGGCAUGGUUAGUUUCAGUCAUUGCUGCAUCCAAAGGCAAAAGUGGUUAUUGUUGUUUGUCAAGUCUGAAGUUAUGAACACUAUGUUUCAAGCAUUCUCGAAGGAGCUUUCAUAACUAGUAAGUGAGCAGUGGGACCUCUCCUUAUAUCUUCCCAAAUAUGUUGCUGUUUCACUAGUACUUAGACAAACUAGCUGUGAUGGAUUUGGAAGCCCAUAGUCCGUGAGCUCCUUUUAUAUCCUAUAUAUAUAUAUAUAUAUAUAUAUUUUUCAAUUUAAUGUGAAAUAUUUGCUGAAAUGAUGUAUAAAAAUAAAUUCUAUGUGCAUCCAAUUUGUCUUUUUGCUAGGCAUAAUGACAGUUUCAUCUACAUGAAUCGAGCAAUAAUAUACUCCACAGAGCCCCAGUUAUCAUAUUUGAUUUGGGGAGGUGACUUAACGUUUGUACAUUGCCCCCUAGCAGAUAUGAACAUCUUCAUUACUUGUUCCUUUCUUGGCUGCCCGAACUAGAACCACACUCCUUUAAAUUAUCCUCACUUUGCAGUUGCUGCCAUAAUGUGCCGUUCCUAUUAUUACCAAGUAUAUGGUUCUAAUCCUAGAUAGAAAAAUAAAUAGAAAAAAUCUAAAAAGGCGGAUCCUCCCUCUCCAUCAAGAGUAAUGAACUGGGUUCUGAUACAGUACAAAAAAAAUAACUAAAUUAACCAAACUUGCCUGAUGUUGAGGCAAUCAAGAAAGCUGCAUAAGUGAG